AUGACCCCUCUCCCAUCACAGGCGGGGAAGCCGUUCAAGAGAGUUGAUCUUGACGAACUCGUGUAUACUGAUAGCAAUGACCAAUAUGGCUCUUCGAGUGUGCCCAUUUAUCAAACCGCUACGUUCAAGCAGGUAAAAGCCACCGGGGGACAACAAGAAUACGAUUAUACGCGAUCGGGGAACCCGACGAGAACGCACCUCGAAAGGCACCUCGCCAAAAUUAUGAAUGCCUCCAGGGCAUUAGCAGUCAGCUCUGGAAUGGGUGCUCUCGACGUAAUCUGCCGGCUACUUCGGCCCGGCGAUCAUGUCAUAACUGGUGACGACCUCUACGGAGGGACUCAUCGACUUCUUACAUACAUGGCUGCCAACCAAGGCAUUGUUGUCCAUCAUGUCGACACGACCAAUCCCGAAAGCGUACGCCAAGCGGUCUGUCCAAGGACUGCGAUGGUACUUCUUGAAACUCCUACCAAUCCACUGAUCAAGAUCGUGGACAUUCCUUCCAUUGCCGCCAUGGUUCACGCUGCCAACGAUAAGUCUCUUGUUGUCGUCGAUAAUACUAUGCUGUCGCCCAUGCUUUGCAACCCGCUUGAUUUGGGUGCCGACAUCGUUUAUGAGUCCGGGACCAAGUAUCUUUCAGGCCACCACGACAUCAUGGCUGGUGUAAUUGGCUGCAACGAUGUUUCUGUUGGCGAAAGGCUAUUCUUCACCAUAAAUGCCACCGGGUGUGGGCUCGCACCAAACGACUCGUUCCUCCUACUCCGUGGUGUGAAGACACUCGCGAUCCGUAUGGAAAAACAACAAGCUAAUGCCCAAGCUAUUGCGGAAUUCCUAGAAUCUCAUGGAUUCCCCUUCGAAACCGGCGAUACUGCUCUCUCAGAGCGCAUUGUAGAGGCUGCAAGGCUGUGGGGCAUCAGCGUUAGUUUUGGCUGUGUCAACAGCUUGAUUAGCAUGCCCUGCCAAAUGAGCCAUGCAAGCAUCGAUGCCAAAACAAGAGAAGAGAGACAGAUGCCGGAAGAUAUAAUUCGGCUCUGUGUUGGCAUAGAAGAUGCGAAUGACCUCAUUGAUGACCUAUCACGAGCUCUCGUACAAGCAGGUGCUGCCAACGUUACUCUCGAUGGAUUUCACGCUGCCAGGACUCGCGUAGAACCUGAGCCGCCUGUGACAACGGAAAAGCUGCAUAGCCUCUUAUCUAGCUUUUCUGCCAACUCAAGUUCUACGUAG